AUGUCCAAACAAUACAGAACCUUGGGCGAAGACGUGUGGAAAAACCGUGUCGAAAAAAUAAACGCGGAAUUGUUCACAUUAACUUAUGGUUCUAUUGUCGCGCAAUUAGUAAAAGAUUAUGAAGAUUAUCAAGAAGUUAAUAAGCAAUUAGAGAAAAUGGGCUAUAAUAUCGGUGUUCGAUUAAUUGAGGAUUUCUUAGCACGAGCUAGUUUAGGCAGAUGUGCAGAUUUUCGUGAAACAGCUGAAGUAAUAUCAAAGGUAGGUUUCAAAAUCUUUUUAAAUAUCACGCCCACAGUCACAAACUGGGCGCCGAAUGGUCAAGAAUUCUCAUUGGUGUUUGACGAGAAUCCGUUAGCGGAAUUCGUUGAAUUACCGGAAGAUAACUCUGCGACUGAAGAUCUUUGGUAUUCCAAUAUACUAUGUGGUGUUUUAAGAGGAUCGUUGGAAAUGGUGCAAAUGCAGGUUGAAGCUAAUUUCAUAAGUGAUGUAUUGCAUGGUGACGAUCAGACUGAAAUGCGUGUAAAAUUAAUUCGUACAAUUGAAGAGGAAAUCCCAACAGGAGAAGAUUAG